AACACGGCUCCGGGUCGGCGUCCUCCUCCUAGUCCUCUCCGAGUUUUUCCACCCGAGCCGCGUGAUCCGACCUCGCUCUCGCCGGAGCGCGCUCCCACUUCCCACGCCUGCUCCAGCGACCAGUCCCGCCGCCCGCGUCGCACGGCCGAGAUGGAGUACGACUUCCGGGGCCGCCCGGGCUCGGGAUCCUACGGCGCGCCCCCGGGGGCCGCGCCCGGCGGCGGCGGGGGCGGCACGUCGCUCUACCCGCGCGUCGGCCAGCCCUCCCACGGAGGGGGAGGGGCCGGGACCGCGUCGCCGCGGGCCGCGCCCUACCACCACGGGCACGGGAGCGGCUCCGGGUCCUCGGCCCCCAUCGUGACGCCGCUCGCUCCAACCUCCUCCUCCUCUUCCUCGAAAGUGGGCAUACACAUUGCGAUAAAGCCUGAAUUCCGCAUUACCCCUCCUCCUCAAUUGCCACCACAGAUGGUAGAAAUUCCUCGUAGCACCUUCAACUUUGAUUUUGAGUAUGAGAGAAGGAUUCUUGCUGAGGCAGAGAAGGAGAACCCCAACUGGAGUAAGUUUGUGGUAGAAAGACAGGCACCACUGCCUGUGCCACAGCAGCAGGCUAGACCAGCAUCUUCAGGGUCAGGGGAUCCAGUUGUGGACAAGUAUGUCGCCAUGGGGCUUGGGCGUGAAGCUGUCUCAUUUGCCGUGUUGAAUUAUGGAGAUAAUCCAGCGAAGGUGAAGGAGUUCGUGAAAUCGUACAACAUCCUCCACGAGAUGGGCUUCACAUCACCAAACGUUCCCGAGCUGCUGGCGAUCCACGACAACGACCCUGACAAGGUCAUCCAGCGCCUGCUCUCGUCGCCGUCCUGAUUGGAACCACAUACUACCCAGACGCCUCGCGUACUCGUAUAUGUAUACCACAUCCAUGUACAGCCCUGCCCUACGCUGGCAACCAUCAUACUAUGCAAACCGCAUGUUUGUGCGGUUACGUGCCUUCUACUUCAAUCUACGUGUUGGCUGCCGCUAGCCUUUUGAACCGAGUGACAUGGUUUGUAUGUUGUACCCCUUAAUCUGUUUGGUGUUUUUAUUUCUUUCUUUUUCCACUAUUUGUCUCGUUUCUGAAUCGUUUUCUCUGCCUAAAGGACAACAGUAUGAUUUUUCUCUGCCUAAAGGACAACAGGAUGAUUGCUGAAUGUGAAUGAUGAUUCCGAGUUUAUGGA